UCCGCCGCUCGCAUGCCCGGCCGGCAUAUCCGUUAAACUUUCAAAUUAGACAGCGUAUGCACGCUAGCGCGAGUGGUCUUUUCGAAAGUUUCGCCCCGUGUGUAUGUAUGAGUUCUAUCCCCUCGCGAAUUCGGGUCUCUCUCUCUCUCUCUCUUUCUCUCUCUCGCGGUGAUCUCGCGAAAUCCGUCGAGCCUAGUCGAAGGAUACGAUGUCGCACAUCUACUAUUCGAGCAAAUACUACGACGAUCAGUACGAGUACAGGCAUGUUGUUUUGCCGAAAGAAAUGGUAAAACUGGUGCCGAGAACUCAUCUGCUGUCUGAGCAGGAACGGAGAGCCAUUGGAGUCCAGCAAAGUCAAGGAUGGGUGCAUUAUAUGAUUCAUGAACCUGAACCACACAUUCUGUUGUUCAAAAGAAAAAUAACGACACCUCCAGAGCUCAGAGAGGAAGAAAAUUGAAUGUGGAGAAAUUAUUAUACUAUUAGCUUGUAAAUAACAAUUCAGAUUAUGUUCAUAUUUAUACUGGGACAUAUUUGUGAUGGUAAAGCAAUCUUACUUUCUCUCCCUCUCUCUUUUUCUGUCUUCUCUCUUUAACAUCACAAUGCACAACAUGAUAUCGAAUAAACUUUCUGUAGAUUUGAUUUAAGGAAACCCCGCAAAUCAGUUGUACACAAAGCGAUUUAGUUAAAUUCCACAGAAUAAUAUGUUCAUGAUCUUCGUGUUUAUAAUUACUUUGCUUAGUCAUUCAUAAAAAAAUGUCAAGCAAGUAUGCUGUAUAUAUGUCUAUAAAGUAUCUUAGUUUUUAAACAUCGCUUUGUCAUAGCUCUCAUCUUUUUACACUAGAACUCAAGAAUGAAAGUUAUGUUAUGAUGUAUUGACUCUGACAGUGUGUGACAUACUCUCUAGUUUUCCUCAAAGAUUGUAAUUUUGAAGCUAAGUAAUGUAUAAGAAUUUACUCUUGUGAUCAUAGAGUGCCUUUUAGGAGAUUAAUCUAAAAAUUUUAGUUUAGGAUUAACAUUUCAUUAAGUUUAACAAAAGUUUUAACGUAAUUACAGAAAAAGUGUAAACACAUGUUCUAUGUAACUCAUUCGUUUCAGUUUUAGUAUGUCGACUUUAAUUCAAGUUUUAUUUUUAUUUUCACCUUUAUUUUUGCAUUUUCUCGUUCUAAUUAAUAUUGUAUAUGAUUUAUAUACCUUGAAAAAAGUGUAUAAUCAGAUACAUUAGUUCAUACUCGAAAAAGAAUGUACACAGAUAACAAAAUCAUUAUUCAUGUAAUACACGGAUUCUUACACCCGAACUUCAGGUAUACUUAGCGAUUUUGGUUUACUUUUUAUAAGAAAAACGAAAAAGAUGUAUUACUAAUAUGUUAAAUAAAUGUUUACAUUUAUGAACACA